AUGUCGACAAUUAAUGUGACAAAUCCGUUGAUAUAUUGGACGCAUCAGUAUUGGGUGGACGAGACGGACCACCGUAUUAUAGACUACCCCCUCAUAAAUGCCGGGCCCACACAAAUGGCUACAAUUAUGCUGUUGUGGCUAUUUUUUGUCACAAAAUGCGGUCCAAAUUGGAUGAAAAAUAGGAAACCUUUUGUAUUAAAGGAAAUAAUGAUUUUAUAUAACUUUUUAUUAGUGGUAAUCAACGCCUACUUUAUAUACGCGUCGCUCCGAUGGCUAAAGUUUGGUCACAAGUCAUGGGAUCCUAAACUGAUCCCAAGAGACCAAUGGUCUGAAUCAUUUGACGGAGAAGUAAAUGAAAAGAUGUUUUAUUUUUACACAAAACUGUUUGAUUUGUUGGACACAGUAUUCUUUGUGUUGAGAAAAAAGACAAAUCAAGUCUCAUUUCUACACCUUUACCACCAUUUUAUGGUUAUUGUCGAAGUGUUUUGUUUGCUUAACUCUACUGUCCAUACAGUCAUGUAUUUGUAUUACUUAUUGUCGGCAUUUGGACCCCAAAUACAGCCCUAUUUAUGGUGGAAGCGAUAUAUCACACGAUUGCAGUUAAUACAGUUCGCUAUACUCAUCGGUUAUAUUUAUCAGAUUACCCUGAACCUCUUAAAUGGUUGGGUGUCAUACAACCCUUUGUAUUCUUUUAUAUGUUCGCCAGAUUUUAUAUAA